AAGGUAUGUAAAAGGGAGUAUGAUUUGAGGGAUCACAUGGAUAGCCAUUGCAAGGAGUUGAAGUAUGAGUGUGGAGUUUGUAAGAAGAGGUUGAAGAGUAGGACAAGUUUGUCCAGGAGGCCCAUCAAAACCAGUACUCUUUCAUGUGUGUGGAAGGAACUUCAUACAUGCAUCAACUUUGCAGACACACAAGCUGCUGGUGAAUGAGAAGGAGAAGAAGUUUGGGUGCUUGAAAUGCAAGCAAAGUUUCAGUCAGAAGAUUGCUUUGCUGAAGUAUAUGUUGAGGAUGCACAAGGCUGAGAGGAAGUUUCAGUGUGAUUAAGUAUUUGGACAAGUCCAGGCACAUCUCGAAUAAGCAUCUGGGGAAAGGGGAGUGACGCGAGUGCGGUUUGGCAAUAACCCGAAGAUUUAGUGCUCUAUUUAUUUGAAAUCAUUCGUUGGAUUUAUGGGACAAUCCGAUAUUUAUGGGCGAUGAGUUUUCGAUUCUCCUUCCUUCGCGCAAUACGAAUUGGGAAUCACAGGCGAUAAUUCAGAUGAAAAACGCGAUGAAAAUACAUUUCCCCUCUGCUGCCGCCUUCUACGAUCGGUGAAGAGGAUAGGUAAAUUUCCGCAGGAUGACGCAAGUGGAUACAGUUGGUACAACCAAAGUUUUCACGGCUAGGAGAGAAGAAGAGUUCGGAUGAAAAGUGUGUAAUAUUUUACAGUUGGCAAUACAAAUUUCUCUUUCGUUGCGCAUGGAUCUGAAAAAAAUACCAUGCAGCUUUGGUAGUCCUGGAUUUCCCGCUCUACGUCUGGCCAACAUAUUGACAGGACUCGUAGAAAAGGACGGAGAAGGCUCUGCGUUUGACGUUUCCGCGUUUUGAAUGCGUGUGUAAUCUGCUGUGAUUGUGAAGGGAGUUCAGUUAAAACCAUCGUUUUGAGCUCUGCAGAAGCACCAAAAGCUCACCAUCUCUGCACCUCAAAACAUCUUCAAUUGAAAGACACCUUGUGGCAUGCUUUGCUGUUGAUCAAUUCUUGCUGGUGCUGCAGUUUUCUUGAGGGGGACAAGUAACAACAGAAACAUGCAUGGCUGUGGCGACGCGGUGGUUUUGUGAGAGUGAACAAUGUAUUGAGAAUCUAUGGACGAGCUGAAAUGCAAAAGGUACACGAGCGAAACCAUAGACCUGAAGGAGGUGAUUAGUAUCGGCGGGAAUGCGAGGAAAAAGGUGGCCCGAAGGCGAUGGGCGAUUCUGGCGAAGGCCCUGAAGAGCCCGCAGGGGAGCGAACCGUCGAGCCCAACGGACGAGUUCUCGGUGCGGCGCAUCUCGUCCUUCAUGCUUUUAACCACGCAGCAAUUGCAGAGCGUGUCCAUAAACAGUUCUGACACUUUCAUCGUGAACCAGGCGAAGAAGAGGACAUGGUACGCUUACGGGAUGGACGUGGACGGAGAGAUGUACUCGGUGGUGGUAGGUCACCGUAUCCGAACGUUCUCCGCCGAAGAUCUGAUGGGUUUCAACAACACGGGAAACGUCUGCAUCUGGCCGUCGGAGGAGACGCUCACCUACUACAUCGGCUCCAAUCUGCAGCUGUUCAAGCAUAAAUCCGUGCUGGAGCUUGGAGGAGGCAUGUCCUGUUUAGCAGGUCUUGUCUGCGCCAAGUACGGUAACUGCAGGAGCGUCGCCCUCACCGACGGCAACAAGAUGUCCGUGGAGAACGUCCAAGUCAGCGUUUCCGCAAAUGAUUUACCGUGUCCGGUGACCUGCGGCGUUCUCAAGUGGGGUCAAUCUGAUGAUAGAUGGGGUCGGUUCGACGUCAUCCUCUGCGCGGAUUGCCUCUUCUUCGACGAGGCGCGCGCCGACCUCAUCGAGACCCUCUGGGAUCUCCUCAGUCGCGACGGUUUUGCCCUGAUCAUGGCCCCGAAACGCGGCUCCACCCUGGAACAUUUCAUCGCCCAAAGCACAGCCAAGGGCUUCCGUUGCAAACAGAUUGUCAACUACAACAAUCUCGUGUGGCAGAAGCACCUGUCCCUGCUCGAAAAUUGUGAUUACGACGAUAAUAUCCACUAUCCUAUACUAAUAGAAAUGACCAAAGUUUAAUUGAAGUGACCUUAGUAUAUCUCUUGUACCGCUUAGUAACAUAACGUCAUCUUUAUACGUGGUGUCCCAAAAAAAUAACAAUAACUUUACAACUACAAACAAUUCCUGCAAAUGAACACAAAACGAUAAAUAUUUUGUAUACAAACGCUUUAUUUAGAAUUUACUUUACUUAUUCAAUACACGCCGGUUUGUGUAUCAGAUAAAUUAUUAAACAAAAUUGAUAGUCAAUAAUAACAAAAAUUGAAAAAAAAAAUGUAAAGUUAUUUAUAUUUUUUGGUCACCGCAUUUCUCCUAGGAAAUAUUCACUACAUAAAUCUAGUCCGUCGUUCUCCAUUUCUCUGUUUUGCAUCUCUUCGUAAUAUUGUACCUGUCUGUGAUAAUUAAUACCAAUUUCUCAUUCAUCCGAGUCCUUAAAAAAAAGUAAAAAUACUACAGGGUGUUUAUUUUCCGUUCCGUUCGUACUUUCCGUUCCUCUGCUACGUUUAGUAUAGUUACCACUGUGUCGUUUUUUAAUUUUAUUAUUAUCGUUUUUUUUUUUCGUUGUUGUUACAUUCGUUCGUAAGUCGUUGUUGUUUAUACGUUUUAAUAAUUUAUAUGUACCUCCUCUAGAGAUUUCCAAUUAAUCCAUUACGUUGAGUGAGUAUCGUUGUUAACGCAAAAGCAAUAACUUGUAUAUUUAUUGCACUUUACAUAUACAAACACACAUUAUACACAAGAUAUCCUCUUUUUACAAAACAACAUUUGUAUAUAACUGUUCGGUUCCAAUAUUUGCAUACAUAUCUCGAUUAUCCGUGGUGCCCUACAAAUUUGCGCGAAUUGUAAAUGAUUUAUCGCCCUCAUAACAUAUCUAAUAUUUAUGAUGUUUCUAUGGUAAUUGUAACGUGAAUCUACUAUGCAAGUUGCGUAAUGUAGGUAACUAUGGUAACUGUGUCGUAAAUCAAAAUUUUUGAACCUUCCAUUCUAUCAUCAGACCAAUAACAAUAUAAAUUAAUACAUCAAUUUUAUUUUACAUUUUUGACUAAAUAAAUCAAAAACGUUCAUUAUGU